UGAAGCGCGGCCUGUGCAGAGUGGGGAAUCUCGCGGAAUAUACGCCACUGUUGCGUGUCUGUAACGUAACAUCAGCACCAUACAACCGAGUCUGGCGUUGUGGGUACAAAAGCUGGCACCGACAUAGUGCAACCUAGGAAAUGCAAACCAGUCCCUCUUUUCAUCCAGAAACAGCGCAGUGACUUCUCGCCUGCGGUUCCAGUCCCGCAUUUUUUUUUUUUUUCUUGCCAACUGUAAUGUCUGAGAAGUAUAGGGUAAAGUGAAGCGAGUUGGCACAUGUUCAUGUUAAACUUUUCAGCACAAAAACUACACAAGGAUUUAAGAAAGACCAAUCAACAUGGUUGGUUAGCAGACAGUCAACGGAUAAUCACACGGAUAGUCAGCUGUGUCGUGUGAUCUCCCUUGCAUUCUUGUAUAAUUUUUGCGAUAGAAAGUUAAACAGGUAAUGUCUGGCAGCUGAAUUCUAUCAUCGUUUUACACUUAUUAGUAACCAUCUGCGUCUGUCCGUUGCAGUGACCUUGCAGAUGAACCAGUAGGCGUUCUUUGCUGUUGCCGGUGUCAAAAGUGGGCUUGGAGACAUGUCGCCGUCGAAGAGAGUGGUCAAGCCCGACUCUCGGGAAUGCUGGCUCGUGGCCGCGUCGGCGGCCACCUACGUCUUCUUCGCCAUGAUCCUGGUCAAGACCGAGUCGGUCAUCUACGUUGGCUUCAUGGAGAUGCUUCAGCUGAGCAGGCAGGACGCCUCCUGGCCUCUCAGCAUAUCGCUCGUAGUCUCGCAGCUGGCCGGUCCCGUGUUCGGCCUGCUCUGCCUGUGGCUGUCCGAGAGGGCCGUCCUGAUCGCCGGCGCCUUGCUCUGUUCCGUGCCAGUCAUGGCGUGCGGUUUCGCCCAAAGCCUCGCCGUGAUCAACGUGCUCUACGGAGUGCUCUUCGGCCUAGGCCUCGCAUGCGCCGAGCUGGUGCCGUUCUCAGUGGUGGCGCGCCACUUCGUGUCGUUCCGAGGCACGGCGCUGGGCCUGCUGUUCAUCGUGACCUCCGUCUCGGGUUUUGUGUCCCCCAUGGCUCUGGAGUUCCUGCGCCAGACGUACGGCUUCCGCUGCACGCUGCACCUGGUCGGAGCCAUCAUACUCAACAUGCUGCUCGGGUGCUUCAUUGUGAGCCGCGUCGACCGCACUGAUAGUUCGAUCGACGAGCCGCCCGUCGUCACCGCGACAAAAAGCAAGGACCUGCUUGCCGAGCCGCCUCGAUUGCCAGCCGAUCGGCGGAGGUCCAGCUUCCAAGCAGCCUCGCUCGGACAGUCAUGCUCCAUCAAGCUGGCCCAGUCCCUUAUGUCACUGGACAAGAGGGACCGUUCUGCGCGGGCCAAGCUACGGCGCAACAUGCGCUCCAUGCUCGCGCUGCCCUUCGUGCACAUCUGCGUGUCGCGCGCGGCUGCCCUGUUCGCUCUCACCACCAUCCUCAUCACCGUGGUGGACUUCGGCGAGGACAACGGCCUGUCGGGCUACGACGCCGUGUCCCUGCUCACGGCGUACGCCGUCGGCGACCUGUGCUCGCGCCUCAUCACGGCGCUGGUGCUCGACACGCGCUUCAUGAGCACCAGCUCCACGCUGUUAUGCAUGUUCGUGCUCCAGGCGGUCGUCAUGGCCGUCAUGAGCUUCGAGACCAACUACUGGGUGCUGCUGGGAUGCUGCUUCGUCACGGGCCUCUCGAGCGGCGGCCGCUUUUUCACCUGCACCGUCAUGGUGGCCGAGGAGUUCGACGAGGACGCCAUCUCCCUCAACCUGGGAGUCAUGAACUUCGUGUCCGGCAUCGCGUGCUUCAUCAGACCGCCCAUAAUCGGUUACUGCCGUGACGUGCUGGGUUCGUAUACGCCGCUGUACCUGUUGCUGGCCAUCAUUAACGCAUUCUUCACCGUCACAUGGAGCCUGAAAUUCAUUCUCUCUUUCCGCAAGAAAAAGGCACCGCCACCACUCAGGGAAGUCCUACAAGAGCUGCCAGAUGUAAGAGGACGAAUAGGGAGCAUCACGUCGUUUUGAAACACACUUCUGCAGACUAUGUAACAUACAUUACGAUUCGUUUUCUAGCUUGGUUGAAAAGGUUGCCUCGGAAGCCGCGAAAUACAUCCCAUGCCUUUGCUAAACGAAAAAAAAAAAGAAUAGUAAGUAAACAACGGCAAAGUAAUUGCGGCUUGUUAAUGGCACUUAAGGAUACAACGAUUCAGGUCGUUAAGGUGACAAUACCGAAAACGAGAACAAAAUUAGCGCUCGAAACCGGGUUGCAGUCGGAGACGUUAUCACAGAGCGUCUGACCUCAAGCGCCAAAGCUGGGACUUCGUUUCAACGUGAACUGAAUGACUUCUGAAGGUAGUGCCCCGUGUUCUGGAAGCGAUCGUCUCUCAUCGAUUGGCAUUUCCAGGAAGCUGCUCUGCAGUAAACCGAGAGCAGUGACACGAGGAAGCAUCCUCACACAUUCGUAGUUGUUGACGCUGCGAGCUGCAGCGAUAACGGAGGCUGAGGCCCAUAUACAUGCAAGGCCACUUUUUGCUACAACAGAGAGCUCAGCUAUCUGCGCGCACAUGGAUACACGGCGAGUUCCAUAAUUCAUAUAUACACAACACGACUUGCAAGAUCACUGCCAGAUAUCUGACGCAAAUUUCAGGAAGCAUAAACACAGGAAGAAUAGCGCCUUCCAAGUCAUCACGUUACCUCCACGGCCAUGAAUGUCCGGGUUCCAGAUCAAAACUUAUGUAGAAGGGCACAAAAAGAUGACAACAAAGCAUAUAAAAACGCAUUUGAAUUCGGCAAAAAGGAAGGACCGCGCUUUGCUGUGAGGAUGAGUGUACUGCGUAUUACCUCUUGCUCUAUCUGUUCUCAUGAUCAGACUUCUUCGUGGUACAUGACUGGGUAUGGAGUCUCUAGUGCGGUUUGUAUAACAGAAAAUUAAAUUUGUAAUUAUGUCAAUACACGUUUAUUUGUUAUUUCUUUUUUAAUUAUCAAUACAUUUAUGGCAAAAAUGCGAGACAACGACACAAGAAGCUUGAAGGCGGUUCAU